CUAAUAUUCAAUAACAUCCUUCCCCAAAAGCGGUUUUUCUGUCUUCAUUGGAGGAAAAGAAUUCAUUUUAUUUUCUUCGUGGAUGUUUCUUUAACAAACCUCUCAAUCCCAUAUAUAAAAGCUAGAAAAGAAAGCCAAGUCAGUCCCCUUUUGUCUACUUCAGAAUACUCAACUUUUUCUUUUUUUCUUCUGCAUAAGAAUCUGUAAAACUCAUAUGAAGAAGUGAACCUGAGAAUGGCUUAUUUAACAUCUUGCUGGUUUAUUAUUGAGAAAGUCAUAAUCCCAGAUGGAUUAAUUAAGAAGUGGUUUUGUUUGAGCUUCUUUAUCCAUCCUUUAAUCCUUUUCUUAUGCCAAAUCUUUCUCUGGCUCAAACUGCUUAUAGAAAGCCUUUUAGUUGUAUUACUAUUUCCAUGUAGAGUCAUUUCUGCUAUAUGUUUGUGUAUAUUUGGAGCAUUUAGGAAGUGUAUCGUCUGUCUUUUAUCAUUGACGAGAUUUAACAGUGUUGAAGUUGAAGACGAGGUUGAGGAAUAUUAUGAAACUCAACCUAGUUUUAACUUGAACCAAAUGGAUUAUUUUUGUACCAUGUCUGUUGCCUCCAUGAAAUGCCAAAUGAAACUUGUUGAAUUUGAGGAAGAUGUAUUCGAAGACACCAUUGAUUAUGCAGAUGAUGAAAUAAAUAUGGGAGAAACUGUAUUCUUUCUCUGUGAUGUUUCAUCUAGGAAGGAGCACUUGUUUUGCAGCUCCAACUCAACCACACCAGAUGAAAAUUCAAGUCAAUGUCUACCUCAGAUUCAGGGGAACUAUGAAGAAAGUUCAACCACUCUUUAUGAAGAUGAAAACAUGGUGGAAGAAACUAUGUUCUAUCCAAGUCAAGGGUACUUGCUUUGUGGCUCCGACUCAUUUACUCCAGAUGAAUAUUCCAACUCACAAGACAGAGAUUCACCAUCAGAUUUUCGAGUAGUCGAAAGAGAAGUGACUACUGGAGAAAACAAUGAAGAUUCAGAUGGAUUCUACAAGUUAUACGCUGAGAGAAUGAGAUGGUUCGACGUACUAAACUAUGAGAGAACUUGUGGAAUAAGUGCAAUCCAAAACAGUCAGUUGAUAACUUCUAGUCCCUUCAACGGUGUGGAGUUUCUGGAUGCCGGUGUGAGCAAAAUGAGUAAGAAAAAGCUUUUGAGAAGCUUAGAGAGUGACUUUGAAAUGGUUUAUGUGGCUCAAUCAUGCUUGGCAUGGGAGACCCUUCAUCAUCAAUACAGAAAGAUCAAGGAACUUGACUUGUUCAUGUCACACAACAACAUGUAUUGUAGUUAUGUGGCAAGUGCAUUCCAAAAGUUCCAAGUACUUUUGGAGAGAUUCAUGGAAGAUGAACAGUCUGAGGGAAAAAGAGUUUGGAAUUUUGUUCAGGGAAGAUUUUCUCUCAAAAGCCUUCUCCAGGUCCCAGCCGUUUCAGUGAAAGGACUCAUGGAGUAUGAUAAGGAAGAAACGAGAGGAGAAGGUACAAAUUUAAUCCAAGUGGUGAAGGCCAUAGAGGACUGCAUACAAGCUUUUUCAGUGUUUGUUAAAACAGAUAACAUAAAAAAGUCUUGGUGGAAAAUCAAAAACUCCCCUUGGACUUAUCCACCAGUGGAAGACCCAAGAGAUUUAGAGCUUUUGGCUGAGCUCAACAAGAGACUCCAAAAGAACAAACUAUGGUUGAAAGAUUUAGAAGGGAAGAAGAGGUGUUUGCUGAAGAGACUAGUAAACCCUUUGGAAGAGUCCCAAAGACAAGAGAUGUUGUUCGCAAUGAUAGAUGUGAGUCUGGUGUCGAGGGUUCUCCAAAUGUCCAUGAUUUCCUCCUCUCAGCUUAAAUGGUGCCAAGAAAAGCUAGAUAAUAUUGAGUUCAAAGAUGGGAAAGUAGUGAGGGCAUGUACUGAGUCCCUAUUCCCACCUUAAGCAAGAAAUUUACUGCAUAAGGAUGUAUGUAAAUAAGUAUAUAAAGCUGUUUAAACAGUAGUGUAAAUGUCCUUUAAUGCGUGUUUAUGUAACCUUUUUAAUUUUUAGGUUAGUCUAGAAAACAGAAUGUACAAAAGUUUGGAAAGAUGGGGCAUCUUUUCACCUUGAAAGAGAAUUAAAUAUCUAAUUAAUACAGCUGGAUUUUGUAAA